CACAGUCUGAUACAUAAGUCAUUCCCCAAUAUCUCCAUCUCUCCUUUCACCAAGACUCACUUUUAUGCAAAACUAAUUGUUUGCUUUUCAAUGGACGCACAUCUCCAAAAGCUACUCUCCAACCUCUUCUGCUUCACAAUCCUCCUCCUCCUCUUAAGAAACCAAGGUGUCCAAGGUGAUUCUGGUCACCACAACCUCCACCGCCGCCUUCUUACAAACCGGAAUCUGUUAAGUUUCAGACCGAAUAAGCUGUUUGUGUUCGGAGACUCUUAUGCUGACACUGGCAACAACCCAAUCUCCGCCUCAAGUUCCUGGAAAACUCCCUACGGAGUCACCUUCCCGGGCAAACCGUCCGGUCGGUUCUCUGAUGGCCGCGUCUUGACUGAUUAUCUCGCUAGGUUUAUGGGAGUGAAGUCACCGAUCCCAUACAGAUGGAGGAAGGUCGGGUACAAGCAAGUGAAAUACGGAAUGAACUUCGCAAAUGGUGGCACCGGCGUGUUCGAGACCAUAUUUCCGGGGCCAAACAUGACUACCCAGAUCGAUCUCUUUCAGCAAGUCAUUAACGUGGAAAAAGUGUACGCGCAAACAGACUUGCAGAAUUCUUUGGCACUUGUUACUGUUGCUGGCAAUGACUACUCCACUUAUCUUGCCAGAAAUGGCUCUAUUCAGGGUUUGCAAGCUUUCAUUCCACUUGUUGUGAACCAACUUGCCAUCAACUUGGACCGUAUUCACAAAAUUGGUAUCCGAAAAAUCGCAUUGACAGGCCUGCAGCCUUUAGGAUGCCUCCCUCGGAGCACAGUUUCAUCCUCAUUUCAAGAGUGCAACGAUUCCGAAAAUGCCCUGGUCAAUCUCCACAACUCGCUUCUCCAACAAGCCGUCGCCAAAUUCAACAAUAAUCAAACCAAGGACGCACCCUUUGUGAUCCUGGAUCUAUAUACCGCAUUCAUGACUGUGUUCCAGAACAAAGGAGAUCAUCCAGGGAGUUCGAAGUUUGAGAAUCCAUUGAAGCCGUGUUGUGUAGGUGUGAGUAGUGAGUUUAGUUGUGGAAGUGUAGACGGUGAUGGAGCGAAGAAGUAUACAGUUUGCGAUGAACCAAAAUCAGCUUUCUUUUGGGACGGGUCGCACCCUUCGCAGGAGGGUUGGCGUACGGUGUAUGGUGCUCUGCAAUCAACACUUGAACAAAUUUAUUGAUCAUUAAAUUAAGCCUUGGUCGUCUGUUUUAUUUAUCUGUAGAGUAAUUUUUUAUUUGGUUGUAAGAUGGGCUUGGGCAAUAAGAGAAACAUAUUGUUUGGGUUUCAGUCCUCCAAUGGGCUUGGGCUUUUUUAGGCCUGCCGUCUAUGUUUAUUGUGUUCAGGUUUAAGUUGCU